GCCUUGGCUCCUUGUGGUCACGUGUGGCGGGGCCGGUGGCGGAGCAGGGCUGAGGGGAGCGGAGGGAGCCGAGCGGAGCCGCGCGGCCGGAGGCUGAGGGGCGGCUGCAGCAGGCGCGAUGGGGCAGUGCGGCAUCACCUCCUCCAAAACCGUCCUGGUCUUCCUUAACCUUAUCUUCUGGGCAGCAGCAGGCAUACUGUGCUACGUGGGAGCCUAUGUGUUCAUCACAUAUGAUGACUAUGAUCAUUUCUUCGAAGACGUCUACACACUAAUUCCAGCAGUUAUUAUUAUAGCUGUGGGAACACUUCUUUUUAUUAUUGGACUUAUUGGGUGCUGUGCCACAAUUAGAGAAAGUCGCUGUGGACUUGCUACGUUUGUGAUCAUCCUGCUCUUGGUUUUCAUCACCGAAGUGGUGGUGGUGGUUCUUGGAUACAUUUACAGAGCAAAGGUAGAGGAUGAAGUUGAUCACAGCAUUCAGAAAGUAUACAAUGGAUACAACGGCACAAAUCCUGAUGCAGCCAGUCGUGCUAUUGACUAUGUACAGAGGCAGUUGCGCUGCUGUGGGAUCCAUAACUAUUCAGACUGGGAGAAUACUGUCUGGUUCAAACAAACUAAAAAUAACAGUGUGCCACUUAGCUGUUGCAAAGCAGCCCUCAGCAAUUGUACUGGCAGUUUGACCCGCCCGAUGGACCUUUAUUCUGAGGGGUGUGAGGCUCUGGUUGUAAAGAAGCUUCAGGAGAUCAUGAUGUAUGUCAUCUGGGCAGCGCUAGCAUUUGCUGCUAUUCAGCUUCUUGGCAUGUUGUGUGCCUGUAUAGUACUAUGUAGGAGGAGUCGGGAUCCUGCCUACGAACUUCUCAUCACUGGCGGAACCUAUGCCUAGAAGAGAAUGCAAACACGCGGUUCAAUCUUAACUCACUUAAGUGGAAGAUGAAUGGGCCAGGUCUACUGCAAUAGUUCUCUUGCCCUAGGCUUAGUCAAAGCGCAUCUUCCACAGUCAAAGACAGCCGUACUGUACACUGGUGAUGGGCAAAACAACUCGGCUUUACACACACCCAUAUGUGUGACUUUCACUGUGUUAGCCAGCUAUUCAUGUAUCUAAAUGUUUUAGUACACUAGUAAACCUUCCAAUUUCAGAGCCAUUUGCAAGUGUAAUUUGGUUGAUCUGAAAGUCAAAGGAUUUGUGCCUACUUUGGUAGAUUACCUCUAAACAUUAACUGACUGAUGCUUGCAUAUAGAGAGAGGAUGUCUUAAACCUUCGCUACGUGGAACUUUUUUGGCCAAAGUUGUACAGAGGAAGCCAGCUGUGUUUAAUUUGAGGGGAAAAAAAAACUUCAAUCUUGCCCCUCACCAGUGUCACUUUUUUAAAAAAGUCCAGUACGCUUUAUAUAUAUAGAAUUGUAAAAAAAAAAAAACAACCAAACAAACAACCCACAACUAAUCAAAAUUUUAGCAUCAUGUGACUGCAGUUUUGACCUUGAGAGAUCAAAUCUUUCAAACAGUAGUUUAAAAUACAAGCUGGCUUUUCAGGAGUAUGAUGUAUGCACUACUGUUCUAUAUUGAAAUAUUUCAUUUUUCUAUGAAGAGCGGUUUUGUGUUGAGUGAACUGUUAGACUGUAGAUCUUAAAUUGGCUUGGAAACAAUGUAGCCAUGUAGAGUAGCCAAGUAGUAUGUGAAAAUGAUCUCAACUGUAAAUAGUAAACCUGAUUAAAUAAAUCUCUGUAUAUCCUCCCUAUAAA